UAAAGACGAAAAGAGAGAUGAGAGGUAGAGAGAGAGAGAGAGCUCGGGGACGAAGAACACAAGGUAAACGGAUUGCACAGCCAUAUGAGAGGUUCAGAUUCGAGGAUAGGGGACGGUUCCAACCGGAGGUGGGAGGUUAUGACAAGAGAAUAUACAACCAGGCAGUUCCCUUUUACUUCACUAACUUUCCAGAGGAAUGGUCGUUUGAGCAGAUGUGGCAUACUUUUAACAGAAUAGGACUUGGAAGGGUGCUGGAGAUUGAUUGCCCGACGAAGAGGGAUAGGUUGGGUAGAAGAUUUGGGUUUGUUCGGUUCCUGGAUGUGAAGAAUGAAGCUGCUUUAGAAAGAAGAUUGAAUGAAGUAAGAAUAGGGAGUCAGAUCCUACAAGCAAACAAACCAAGGUAUACCAAGUGGGAUCGUCAAAAAACACUGAUUUCUAACAACCGAUCCAAGGCUUGGGAUUGGAGACAACAAAGCCUUUAUGGUAAUGGUAGAAGACCAUCAUAUGCGGAGGUAGUUAAAGCAGCAAAUAGCAGGAUGGAAGAAAGGUCGAAUCAAGAAAGAAGAAAAGAAGGAACAGAGCAACGGCAUGGAAACAAUGGCGCUAGCGUCUAUGGAGCUCAACAAAGGGAAUGGAAACCGAAACACCAACAGCAGCACUGGUCAGGUAUGGAGCUGAACGUCGAUUUGGAGGAAUAUGCAUGGCUAGAAAAAUGCUUUGUGGGUACAGUGCACUCGGUGAACUCCAUAUCUAAUCUGCAAGAAAAAUUCUACAUGGAAGGAAUUUUCUUUACCAGCAUUAGACCAAUGGGAGGUAGAUUAGUGUUAUUAGAAGCCAAGGAACAUGAGGAUCUGAAGGAGCUUGUCGAUACUGGUAAAGAAUGGCUGGGAAAGUGGUUUGAAGAUGUGAAGCCAUGGACACCCACAGUGGUCGCAGCGGAGAGAUUUGCUUGGAUCCGAUGUCAGGGGCUCCCAGCGCAUGCUUGGAAGCCGGAGACCUUUCAAACCUUUGGAAGAUUAUGGGGAAAUGUUGUAAUGAUAGAUGAGAGCACGAUAAGCAAGGAGAGAUUGGACAUUGCAAGGUUCCUUAUAUCCACACCAUCCAUGGAAUCUAUUUCAAAGUCUAUCACAGUGAAGAUCAAUGGAGAAUUCUUCACACUCAUGUUCACAGAAGAGGAAUCAACAAACAAUCUCUUUACCAUGAGGUCUGACAGGACUCUUCAUACACCCAGUGAAGAGGAAGAAGAAAGCAACGAUGAUGUGGCAAUUCGAAGGGCUGAGGUGGGGGAUGAGGUGGCAUCACUGAACAUGGGGGAUGGUAAUAAGUAUGAGGUGGCAACUCAAAGGGAUGAGGUGGCUUCACCGAACAUGGGGGAUGAAAAUGAGAACAACAUGGCAAGUCCAAAAGCUGAGGUGGCUAAGCACAACGAUGAGGCAGUUUGCAGCAAAAGGAACGAGGACGAGGAAGCAAGCACUGGAACCGAGAUAGUCCAGGAAACAGAGGGUAUGGGUGAUUACAGAAGGACGCUCCUUGAUUCAAAUUCAAACUUUCAACGAGUGGGAGAAACAAGAAGGAUUUGGACGGAUCCAGAUUUGGUGAAUAAUAAAGUUGAUACAGGAAACUUCCAAAUUGUCAGCCAAUUGAUUACAAAUGCAAAAAUGGGCAGCUAUGACAAGACUUAUCAAAGAAGAAAAGAUUUAUUAGCAGAAGACUGCAGGAGAGGCGGACAGGAAGGAAGAUUUGAUAAAGGAUUAAAUGAUGGGCUGCCAACUAAAGGAAUGGGCCUUCCGGAGGAGCUUGGGCCGAAAAAUGACCAACCGGAUGAUAUACAAGAAUCAAUAAACAUAGGCCCAAAGAAGCAUAAGGAGAAUAAAAGCAACAGACCCAAAGCACGGGACAGGAAAUCAGAAAUUUCUUUCUGGGACGACCUCGGCAGUGACUCAGGCACAGAAGCAAGAUGGAUGAACAGAAACGAUGGCUGCGAGAAAAGAAAGAAAAAGAGAAGAGCAAAGUCCUGUGCAUCAAUGUACAGAAAAUUCGGGGGAUUAGAUGGCUUCUUGAUUCAACAGAAAAACAAAGGGCAGAAAAAAUCAGCCGUUGAGACAAAGAAGAAGAUCUUGUUUGAGAAAGAUCUGGAGAAAUCAAUUGCAGAUAAUUCGAUCAACGACAGCAACAUCCAGAAUUGUAAUAAAAGCAUUGAAACGAGAAGUAGAAAAAGGAACAUGGAAGCUCUGUGGUCACGGGUGAAAGAAUUCGGAGUGAGUGCACAAACAGAGGAAAUUUCAGUGCUGCAGAAAUUGGUAGACAUGGAAAGCCGUGACAAAGCAAGAUGGAGACAGGAGGAAGAAAAAAAGAACCGAAAAGGAGACCAGGUGAUGCCCCAUUUUCCAUGAUUUUAUUGUCAAUUAAUAUUAGAGGAUUAGGGGGGAUAGGCAAGAAAAGGGAGAUCCGGGAAUUAGUAGCUAAACAGAAAGUUGAUUUUUUGUUUAUUCAAGAAACUAAAAUGGAGAGUGUAGAUAAAAGGCUCUGUAGAAUGAUCUGGGACUCAGAUAAUUUUGAGUGGGUUGCACAACCCGCAAAUGGAGCAUCAGGAGGAAUUUUAACUAUAUGGAAUUCCACUGUUUUCAAGAAGAUUAGCAUUUUAGAAGGUGCAGGGUAUCUGGGAGUGGUGGGGUUUUGGGGAGAAGAGAACAUUCCUUGCUAUUUGGUUAAUGUUUAUUCCUCAUGUGAUCUGGUAAAUAAAAGAAUUUUAUGGGA